GAGAUGCAGCAUUAAAGCCAGAUAGGAAAAUUAUCCUCACCAGCACCUUACCUAUUAACGACCCAAUAACCACCACCAACCAACUUGCACCAGUAAAGACGUUACAACUCUCAAACCUCCGGACAGCGUCGGUAAGGUCAAAAUUGCGAAUUUGUUUUGCUUCCCGCCCCGCAGACUCCAGACCAGCCCGCGGUGCUCCCUCGCUUCCCGGCCGUGACUGCAAACGCGGAACCCGGACUGACCCAAGCCGAGUCUCCCCUGGUUUUUCUGCCGUCUCUGCUGCUCCACGCACCGCCGCAGCCAGCCUGCUCGGGGGAAAUGGAUUCCCGCCGCUGAGCCCGUCGACAUAGGUAUAGUGUGAUGUAUCUCGCCUUCCCCUGGAGGGCUACGAGGGCAUGAGGCUGCGAGGAGGCCGGGAUUUCAAACCUGACUCCCACCUGAAACUAACCCAUCCUCUUCCUCCCCCUGCUCCUGUUGCCUGGUUACCCGGCGUCCUCAGCAAGGGCGUACGCCUUCGUCUGCGUUUGGAUCGCAGUGACGACCGGGGGCGGGGCUGCUGGCAGCUGGUGAACCUGGAGGCAGAGUCACAGAAAGUUGGGCGGAGACUGAGGAGCCAGGCCCCUGACUUCUGCGUGCAAGGUCUGAUGAGUACCCUGUCUGCCGGCUCAGAGAUGCAGACCCCUGCUCUUGGCCCCCAGUUCAUAGCGGGCCCCCAGGGUAAGGUACCUGGCAGGAAGAGAGGACGGCCUCCUAUUCGUAAGCUGGAGUUUCAGAGUCACUACGUCGAGCCUCUGUUGCCUCUCAAGGUCCCGAAGAAGAGAGGCAGGAAACCUGGCUUUAAGCUGAAGCCCAGGAUGGUGAUGUCCCCACUAGCUAACUCUCCUCCCAGCAGCACACCAGAGCCCGAGAUGGGCUCCCUUCCACAGGAUGCUGCUAUAGUCCCCCACUCUGCCACACCACAAGUCCUAACAGAGACACCAAUGCCUGAUGACUUCCUAUGUGACCCACCAGUGGACUCCAAGCGCUACGCUGUAGAUCCCAGCGACUCUGCCUUCAAUGUCAUGACAUCACAGUACCCACCAAAGCACUCCUAUGGUUUCCGUGGCAGCAGUUGCUCUACUCCAAUGGGCUUGUGCAGACAAGCGUCGAGCCCAGGAAGCUUCCAGGAAGGAAACAGGAAUGCUUACAGUCCGAUGCCAGACACUGGAGAGUACAAGCGUCCUGCUGGUAAGGACCCGUCCAGCUGGGGUGUUGACGAGGUUGUUCGGUUUAUCAAAGAUGCUGACCCCCAGGCCCUGGGACCCCACGCUGAGGCAUUCAGGAAGCAUGAGAUAGACGGAGAUGCUCUGCUCUUGCUGAAAAGUGAGAUGAUGAUGAAGUAUCUGGGACUCAAGCUGGGACCUGCGCUCAAACUCUGUUACCACAUUGACAGGCUUAAACAGAAUCGUUUGUGAUUUACUGCAGAGGAGCCAAACCCCUGAUCACCUUUCACUAAAACUAUACCAGUGCGGAUUCUCUCAAACCUUCUCAACCAUCAGCAAUACAUCAUGAAUGCCUUUGGAUCCAGAUUGUGCACUUAAUGGCUUUUACUGCAUCUGCACAACAUUUUGUUGACAAAUUGGACAUGUUGACUGUACAUAUUGAGAUUAUUUGCGGCUGAAGGAAUUAUUUCAUCACCAUCAUUGUUUACUGGGUAUCUGAAUGGCUUUAGAUUAUAAAUAGUUAGACUCCACUCAUAUGGCAGCUACUGCAUAUCGAAGCGUGGCCUGUAUUGACGUCCACUCUGCAAUCUUCACACAGCUUACAACAUCUGACUCUCAACAGCAUGUAUUUGUGCAGAUCUUAAUUAUAGACACCGUAUCAACACCUCAGACGACCCACAGAGACAGGGAGCUUAACAAACGUGGAUGGUGCUUUUCCUCGAGUCUUUAGGUUUUGGUACAAUGCUGCUGCAGUUUGAAAAUAAUAGUUUUUUAGUUAGUUUUGUUGUAAACUGAUGAUAAUGUUGACCCAGGUAUCAUUCCUAGACACAAACUGUACUACUAACAACUGAUCUCUCAAACUCUUCAGCAAGUUUUGAAAUCUUUUCACUUUGACCUUGAGCUUGUGUCAGCCGCUUUUGAGUAAAUCCAAAUUAAGAGGAAUUAUUCUUAAUAUAAGUGAGAAAUCCUGACUCGAGGGAGAGACUUUCCCUUUCUCUAAUCCAUUUAAUUUUGUAUUAAGUCUUUGUCUUAAUAUUAAAACACGGAUAACAGCAUUAACAAACAAGUGAUGUAUUUGAAACAAAGUGAAACAAAGUGAUUUGCUAACAUGAACAUUUAGUUUCACCACAAACCACAGCACAGCACAACAGUGAGGCGUUACACCACUCCGAGGCGCAUGUAAUCACACAGCGCUCAUAAUGACAGGAAGGAAAGGAGACAUACAGACAUUGGGGUGUCUUUCAUGUAUAUCAUGUUACAUGGUACUUGUAGAGUAGCAGGCCACUUUGCAACCUGCCUAGUGAGGCGUUUGUUUCACUCGGGGUUGCAACCUGGUGUGAGAGAAAGCAACUUGUAGCAAACUUGUACAACUUGGUGCUCACUGAAACCGUUACUGCCACUACAACCACAACACUUAACAACUUAAUCUCUCAUCUCAUACACUUCAUCGAUAUCUCUGUCUGACUCUCUGAUAAAUCAACAGUUUACAUUCUUCUCACGCAAUACCUCCUCAUUUUGAAUUUAAAUGCUUCAUGUUUUAUUCUGCCUAAUGAUAAAGCGGUAGUUCAUCUCCAAAUAGUAAAAAGUGAAAAACUAUUAAGUAAAAUGUUUCAAGCAUUAAUUCAGUUUUGUCAUAUAGAACUGUAAAAAAACAAGAACUGGAAAACACAUUAAUGAUCAAUCCCAUGUAGUAAAUGACAAACAUGUACAACUUGUUUUUAAAUAAAACGCUUUUUUUCUUUUUUUAGAACUUACUGUACAUUACUUGUUACUCACUUUAAUAUUUUGUGUUUUAUGUGUUUCGCUCAAAUGUGUUAAAGUCAGUGCCACAGGCUUAUGUGAGUACAGCAUAUAUCUCUAUGUAUGCAUUCUGCAUUUCAUGAUUGUCUUGAGCCCUAGGGAGCUUUAGGCUACAUCAAACUUCCACAUUUUAUUUCCCAAAAUACCUUUCCCAAUUUAUUGGGAGAGGUAUUUUGGACUAUUGGGCUAUUGGGAGCCGUUUCCACAAACUAGAAAUUUCCACAAAUCUUUAUCACACCUGUGAGCCAUAUUUAAUACAUGUUGACUCCCUAAUGACCUUUCUUUUCUUUUUAAUAUAAUGUUUUUUAAAGCAUACUUUUUCCAGACAAAAUAAACCUUCUUGUUCAACGAA